UGUUAAGGAGUCCGUCGCUCUCGUUUGCAAAGCUGUCACUUUGAAUUUUGGAUAUUUGUCCUGUGAAGACAAAAGGAAACUGUCUUUUUAAAUCGACGGUCAGAGUGUGUUUGGUUUAUGUUUAUCCCCACAGGAAGGUGGGGUGUUCCUGCACAGGUGCGCGACCUCAGCGCAGGUACACAGGUUAAAGCAUCCUGCCGUUAUAAGCCUGUGUUUUCUUCUCACCAUGGAUGUGAUGAGGUGUAUCGGAAGUUGUUUGCCGUUAUUUUUGCUCGCUAUCAUCUUUGACGUCCUCGGCCUGAUUCUGCUCUUCAUCGGGAUUUUCGCCAACCUGAGCAUCGGCGACCGCUUCUAUGGCGACUUCUUGAUCUACAGCGGCUCCCUGAUCAUUUUCUUCAGCCUGGGCUUCUGGCUCAUGUGGUAUGUGGGGAACGUCCGGGUGUUGGAAUAUGACGAGCAGGUGAAGAGGGGCAGCAUCGUACAGAUGGCCAGGAAAAUAUCCGAGCGGUUAAGCAUGAAGCUGAAAGGGAAAGAACACGUCAAGCGCGUGGAGGAUGAGGAGCACAGCCAGAUAGGGUCACCUCCACACAAAUCCGGUAAAGUGACCUGGGGAAAGUCCACUGCUUACUCCAAUGAAGGAUAUGAUGACUUCACGGAUUCUCCUGAGGUGGAGAAGAAGAUUAACUUCAACAUUUGAACUUGUUUUUUUCCUUGCAUCUGCUUUGGUAAAGACCAAAUAUGACUUCAAAGGGACCUUCAUAUCAUGAAAAAAGCAUGGUGCUGUAUGAAAUAUUCUAAGAUAUUUGGAGUUUACCAGAAAAACCAAAUGAAGACUGGAAAAAAGUUUAAUUCUCUGUAAAAUGUGCUUGGCGGGGCUUUGAAAAUGACUGAAAUAUCCUUUUAUAACUGUUAUACAUUUCAGCAACUCCUCAUUAUGCAGGCGUGAGCCUUUUAAACUUUGUCCUUGUACUCUCCACUUCCAGAGAAAGACAAAUGCUGGAACACUGUGCAUUUCCUGGUUAAUAAUUCUAUAUGAAUUCCUUUAAGGGCCACUGUUUACAGCAUGCAAAUCCAACCGGAAAUGUUCUUUUUAGGAAGACUGCAUGGAAAUCCCUUAAGAAAGAGAAAAUAUCUUAUUUUUUCUAUAUUAAUAAUAACAGAGUCUGUUUAGCUUUAAGUGAAGUUAUUUAAUUUAAUGUAAUUUGAUUAAUUUAAAACUGUGCAUAUUAGGUGUUAAAAUGACUACAAGCUGAAAGCAUUGUUUGGACUAUGAAUUGUUAUGCAGAAGGGUAGAUUUUUUUGUGUUAAUAUGUUACAUUAAUGAAUUAGAUUAUGAAGCUGUGGAAAAGUGCAAUUCAUUUUAAUGCAAACCUAAAUGUAAUUCUACAUUUGUACUACCUUUUUUAAGCCACAACAUAUUCACAUUAUCUGAAUUUACUUUAAUUUAACAGAUAUUCUCAUAACUCGACUUACCUUUCUCAGAAAUGUUGUCAAGUUAAAAUUGUAAUUUAUAUUAGCUUUUUUUCACAUGUAGCUGCUACCACACAGAAAGACAACCUGUGUUGUUUUUUUUUUUUUUUUUUUUUUUUUUUUUUGCUGUCAAAGCAGUAGAAACCCUGGUCAGACUGGUUUGACUUCAUGGUGUGGUGUUGGUUAAACAAACAUAAAAAUCCUCAACAGGGUGUUGAUAACUAUAUAAAACGUGUUUUUUAUUGCUUUUCCACAAACACACAGUUAAUAUUUUAUUAAAUUCUGCCCUAAUAAUGCUAAAAGAGUAUAUUUACAGAAAGCAGCUUCAGCUGAGCCACAGGUGUGACUGACAGUCAUGACACACCUUAUGCAAACAUCAGCCCUGUCUUUUGAUAGAAGACUGAAACUCUGUCAAACACAGUCAGCCUGACGGACAGCUCGACUCAAAGCCAAGACGUCGUUACAGUACAUAAAAGCUCAUUUAUCUCUGCUGUGUACACCC